AUGCGUCAUUCGAUUGCUGAUACAAAACCGACAAAUGUCUGUCCAACUGGUGGCAACUGUAUAGUGGCUAAAGGUAGUCGUGGGAAAUGUCAAAUUUGUCGUUACCGUAAAUGUUUACUUGUUGGGAUGAAAAUGAAAGAUCCAGAAACUCAAUCAGAAAUCGAUAUUUCUAAUAUUCCUUGUCGAGUGUGUGGCGGUAGAUCGUCUGGAUUUCAUUUUGGUGCAUUAACAUGUGAAGGAUGUAAAGGUUUCUUUCGUCGUACGGAAGGAUCAUCUAAUUCAUUAGUUUCUGUAGGUGGUCAAAAUGCUUGCACUAUAACACCUCGAAGUAGAAAUGCUUGUAAAAGUUGUCGUUUUCGUCGAUGUUUAGCAGCAGGAACGCCUAAAAAAGGUAGCCGAAUUGGUCGUCAACCGAAUGCAGUCAAAUUUCAUUGUGCCAUUGAAAUUAAACAACUACAGGCUAUUCGUGGUAAUUCAUCUAGUUCAACAGGUGGAUUAUCACCGAGUCAAAGUUCCACAGGUUGUCCUCCAUAUAGUCAAUAUAACCUUAGUGGAGUUGGUGGAAUUAGGAGUAGUAGUAGUGAUGCAUUAACUUCGUCCAUAAAUCAUUAUCGACAUAUAAGUCGAAGUGAUAAUGAUAAUAAUGGUGAUAAGAUGAGUCCUAAUUACAGUUCAACUGCAAUAAAUCCGAUAAAUUCUUCAUCGAAACAAGACAAUUUAUUAAUUUCCAGUGAUUGUAAGCCAACACAACCACCCUUAUCUUUAUUAUUCUUCUUACCGCCGAAUUCUAUGUCAAAUCAUCAUCAAUUAACAACAUUAAAUGAUUCGAAGUGUGCACAAUUAUCAUCUGCUUGUUAUUCAAAUAAUCAUGAUAGUGUUGAACAGGAUGAUGUUGUUAAUGAUGAUAAUGACGGCGACGAUGAUGAUAUUGAUGAUGAUGAUGAUGAAAUGCAAUCAAUUAAAUCUGAUUACAAUCUGGAAUCUGAUACAUCUUCUCUAUCGACUAAUUUGAAAUUGCAAAUGUAUAAACAUAUGCAUAUGCGAUCGUCACCACUUAACGAUUCUUCCCAAUUGGUUCGUCAUUAUUCCAAUGGAUCAUCUAGUGUAUAUGACGCUUUAGAACGACAUGCUUUGGAUCGUGCCGGUGAAUCUAUCACAUUUAAUGAUGAUAGAAAUGAUUCACACCCCAUAUGUAGUAGUUCCAAUAACGGUAAUGAAGGUAUUAUUGAUCAAAACUCAGGUUACAAAACAGUCAAAUCUAUUCCGCUGCAUCAAUCACCUAUUUCAGAAUCAUCAUCGGCUACAUUUUGUGCAUCUCGCUUGCUUAAUAAUAAAAAGUUAUUAUCCUUUUAUUCUCAGGAACAUCAAUUACAAUCAUUAUCAUCUCAAUCCAGUAUCAAUUGUUCUCUGUCAUCUAUCUCUCCUACUCCUACUACUACUUCCUUGUGUUCUUCUCAACGUUCCUCUUCACCUUUUUCACUAAUCUCUUCAAAUUUGUCUCAGGUGCAAACAUGUAUAUCCACUAUACCGAAUUCAGAUAAUGAACGUGUUAAUAAAGUGAAAUUAUCUACCUCCAGCUUUUCAAACUCAACUAUCAAUACUACUGUAUGUAAUAGUACUACUACUACUCCUACACUGACAACCGUUAAUACAAAUAUAUCAUCAAACACAACAGUGGCAAAUAAUACAACUGCCAAUCGUCACAAUUUCAUAAGUUUCGAUGAUCCGUCAUUUUGGGAAGACGUAGAACAUACUUUACCAUCAAUCAAUGUAACUUCUGAAGCUGUUUCACAAUUCACUGAUGGCAUGCGUACAGCUACUGAAUUUCUACGAUUACCAAAUGCAUACUUUAAAACACGUUUCCGUAUGACAUCGAUACCACCGGAACAUCAAGACAAUAUUAAUCAAGUAUGGGGUCAUAUGAUGAAUCAUUUUCAUAUGCACGCUCAACAGGUUGUACAAUUCGCUAAACUUGUACCCGGUUUCAAUCAGUUAGGCAUAACAGCUAGAAGCAAUCUAGUUCGCGAAGCUAUGUACUCAGUCCUACUGCUGCUUCUUAGUCGUGAUUAUUGUCCAGAAACUGAUGAAUAUAAUUAUUUUGAUUUUCCAGCAAAAGAACGUGAAGUGAUCAUGCGACAUUUCCCGACAUUUAAACGUAUUACAGAGCAUUUACGUGUUUCCGGACGAAUAAUGCACCAUUUAAAUUUCAGUUUACCGGAAUUAUCGUUAUCAUGUGCUGCAGAAAUAUUGCGAAAUUAUUGUACACUUGAAGAGCCUACCGCAAAAAGUACAGCUGAAUUAUUUGUAUUAGCACAUCAUAGUUUGUUAAAUUGCAUGGCAAAGCACUCUGUUCCGACUGUUGCAUCAACACAACAAAGACGGACCCAGUUAUUCGCUCUUAGGAAAAUGAUACGAGUAAUGGACAAGGAACAUCAUGAAAUUUUAGCAGAUUUAAGGGUUCUCAGGUCUGAUCUUCGGUUCCCUGAACUAUAUGUGGAAAUGUUUCAAUUAGCUGAUAGUGCAUCAGCACUGUUUUCCGCUUCUGCUCAAGCUGUAACACUAGCCUGUUCUGGUGUUCUACAAUUCUCAUUAAGAUUAUUCAUUGAGAAGUUGCGAAGCAGGUCACGAAGAUAA